GUGUGCGUCCAAGACCGUCGUCGGGGCCUGGAAACCCUCCCGAAACCGGUUGAGCGAGCGGUGGCGGUCACAAUCCGCGUCGACGACGGAGGGGGCGGUGUGUGCCAUGAGCACGGUGUUGACCGUGCUUCUCGUGACAGUCGCGGUGAGUGGGGCCCCCAAGCGGGGCGGCAGCCAGCAAGCUCGGGAAUCGGCUCUGGCCGUACUCUCAAGCCUCGACAGCGCCGCGCUCCAAGACGUCAAGCUCGAGAACCGGAUGCUUCGAGUGACGCUGAACGCUUUCACCGGCCAGGUCGACAUCUACGGCGGAACCGUGCGCGGUGUUGUGUGCUGCGAAAGGUACAACGUGACCGUGGUGAACAGGCGCAAUGUGAUCGCUUCCGUGGCCGCCAAACGGCUGGACCUUCACUACGCGGCCAACGUGAGCUUUUACGGACGCAGCGAGCCGGCCGAGAUGGACGUGAGCGUGGACUCGAUGACGCUGACCACGGAGUUUGAGUGGAGUGGCGACGAGGUCGACUUGGUCUCGGCGGAGGCCGAGGAUAUGAGCGACCUCAAGGUGUCCUUCCGGGGUCUCAAGAUGUUUCGGGCCAACGCAGACUUGCUCGCGCUCUUGUUUCGAAGCAACUAUUACUUCGAUAUUCAAGACGAGGUGGCGGAACACUUUGCGGCCGCCCUGCGUGACCUUGUGUACGCGUUUAACGCGAAUAAACCGUAG